AUGGGUCCGUCAGUUUGGUUGGAUGGUAAGGACACCAAUGGAAGAAAUAACUGGAUAUGGUACUCGACCGGUGUCAGCGUUGCCAGAUAUCUAUGGGCUAGUGAUCAACCCGAUAACUUUCAAAACACUCAGGAAGAUUGUAUACUUUUGAAUGUUUUCAGAACCGACGGUUUUCACGAUUUCCCCUGUAGCCGCACGCAUAAUUUUGUAUGUGAAUUUGAUCCAGUAAAUGGAGCUUGGGGAUUCUGGAAACCAUGGGGUUCCUGCUCUGCGACCUGCGGUCAAGGUCUGAGGACCCGUACUCGUGUAUGUAAUAACCCAAAACCUGUUGGCGCUGGUAAACCCUGCCCUGGAGAUGAUAGACAAACUGAACUCUGCUUCCCGGGACAGUGCCCUACUUGUCAAGUACACAAUGUACCUGGGGCCAUGAGCUCGGUAUCCGUUGCAAGAAUAAAUGAAAAUGAACAAGUGAAGUAUUACUGUCUACCGGAACACAAACUGGUCGGCGGAAGUCUGGUAAGAACAUGUCAGCCUGACGGUACUUUCACAGACGAGGAGCCGCAGUGCAAAAAAUGCUGUGGAAUGGCACGUUUCAUCGUGAACGGCUAUCCUGACACGUCUGCCUCCUUGUGCUAUGGUGAUCACGUCAACUACCUGUGUGACAGAGGUUACAAGUCCUCAAACAGCACACCUAUCGUCUGCUCGUCACCCUACGAAUGGAAGUACAUACCACUGCCUAAUUGUGAACCCACUGGCGACUGCAAAAGCAAUGACCUCCAGGCCCCACAGGGUGGCCAUAAAGCUUGCACCGACCUUGACCAAGGGAAGUUCUGCUACAUGAGGUGUGGCGAUGGUCAGACAUACACCGGAGGGUCUGAUGUAUUUGAAUGUAACGCCAAAACUGGCUGGGCGUGGCAAGUACGGGUACUUGGAGGAGCUGAUUACAUGCCUAGCGCUGUAGGCAGGUGUCAAGGGUGA